GCGAAAAGGCCCAGCCUGUGGUGCUUCUCUGGUCGCCGUCUGGCUCGUGAGCUGAGCCGAAACCGUGCGUCAAAGGGCGCGCGCUCCUGCUGGCAGAUGCCGGGCGCGACCUCUGGCAAGUCGCAUUCACAUGUUCGCCCUCACAUGCCGCACUUGCCGCACCCUCACAUGCCGCACCUUCUGCACAAGCAGGGCGUGGAGAGGCUGCAGGACACCCUGCUCGCGAAGCGCAGCGAUGGCAGCAAUCACGGCCGGAAGAACGCUGCUUUCAGCCCCGAGGCUCUGAAGCUGAGGGGCGAUCUCAGCAACAAGCUGCCGUUUCACGAUCACAGGCGGAUGUGCAUCACCGAGUCUGACAGUGCCGCCCUAUGCCUGGGGCCAUCCGCGCGGCUGGAGCUCACCAUUGUCAGGGCGAGGGAUCUUAUUCCCAACGAGACCACUGUGAUCGAUAGGGUCUGGCAUGAUCCCCAUCCGUUUGUGAGGGUGUACCUGGAUGACACGAGGCAGUGCGAGACCUCGCACGUGAGGAACUCACGGAACCCAGAGUGGAAUUCCCACUGCGAGGUGGACGUCACUGCAGGGAGGUCGAUGAUUCGCUUCCAGGUGUAUGACCAGGACGUGGAGGACGUGGAGGCCGGCGAUGUGCUGAAGGGCGACCUCGGCUCAUUGUCGGUCGCCGACAAGAAGUCGCACUCCCUCGGGUUCGUGGAGGUGUGCGUGGGUGACAUGCCGUUCGACGAGGAAAUCUACGGGUGGCUGGAGCUCAGGUUUCCCAACAACCUCCGGGGCACGAACCUGACGCGCUACGAGCAGCACUGCAAGCGCCGCGACGAAGAUGUUCACAGGGAGAUGGCCGAGAGCAUGCCGGAGGGCCCCAGUCCCGGCACCGUGGACCCCAGGGCGCUGGAGCAGGUCUCGGCGAAGGUCCACGGCCACGACUCGGUGGUGCGCAGGAGCGCCCGCGCCCUGCGGAAGCUCAAGUGCAGGGUCACCGGGCACGAAUCGGCCUCGGGCACCUUCGACGACCAGUUCAACGCGGGAGAGCUGCUCGUGAGGAUGAGGCUGACGAGGGUCGGGGAUGACCCCUACGACGACCUGUUCGCGCACGCCAUUCAGCCGCAGGCGCUGUCCUUCAACCCCGUGAUUCGGGAGGAGGCGCUCCCGGAGCUCGACGUCCAGGAGGCGUUCGACGACGCGAUGGACAUAAAAUACGCCGUCCUGGACGACUUCGUCUUCUCUUUCGCCAGCUACGCGUGGUACGUGCUCAGCUGGCAGAGCCGGCUGCUGUCUGGGAUCAUCAGCCUGUGUUUCUUGACCUGCUGCUGGAGGGAGGACCUCCUGUACGCGUGCUUUCACGCCGUGCUGGCCGCGCUCCUGGUCCUGAACUGCUUCGAGAGGCAGAGGCGGGAGAUGACGACGUCGGGGCUGAACGCCCCCCUGAACGACGAGGGUUUUCGGGCCGUGGCCAACUGGCGCAGCGUUCUCCAGAUGGAGGCAUUCUUGGUGCGCGUGGUGGUGGCCAGGGGCGGCCAGAUAGAGCUGGAGCGCGAGCUCCGCGACUUCGUGACCAUGGGCUUCAGGCGGGGCAUCCCCUCCGCAACGCUCGAGGACGUCGUGGCCGUGCUGAAGUCCAUGGACUGGGUCACCUUCCAUGGCAGAGACAAGGACGAGAUCAGAAUACGUGAGGGCAGCCGGGUGAGGAUUCACGAGAGGCGGCGCGCGACGGUGGACCAGGUGCUCCCACCAGAGGCGUGCACUGGACGGAGGCAGGUGGUUGUCCACUACGACGAGGCCGACGAUGAGGAGCAGCUCCAGACGGAGACUCUGUACGAGGACGAGGUCCACGUUCGCACCGCCAUUCCGAAGAUUCCGAAUGUUUUACUCUCCGGCAAGGUCAAGCAGGAGAUCCGCAAGGUCGGUUGGCAGAUCGAUUCCUGCAAGAGGUCGUCGGUUCUGCCAGUGCUGCGCUGGAUAAGCGAGGUCCUCACCUGGCAGGCUCCCAUGUCCACGUGCAUCCUCAUGGCGUACCUGCUGUUUAGGGUCGUGCUGGCCACCCUGCACUUCGUGAACCCACAUCUGUGUGUGGUGGGCAUGACGGUCUGGUUUAUGAGGAACUUGGGCCACAUCGGCCUCGCCACCGCCGUCAUCGCCUCCGCCGUGUUCCUGGCCCGGCCGUUGCAGUGCCUCUUCCCGCUGGCCAGGAUGCUGAUCACCUGGCCCGCCAGCAGGACCCAGGAUGGGGAAGUUGGGACGCAUCACCUGGGAGGUCAUGUUCAGAAUCGGCGGUAGCAUAGCCGUGGCCGACUACCUGGACCAAUCUGGAAUACUCCUACUUAGUUCCCUCUGAUCCCGCGUAAUCUCUCCGAAUCGGGC